CCGCGGGCUGCGGCCGACAACGCGGGCGGCGGGCGCCCGGAUACCUGCAGGCACAGGCCCUGCCCACUCAAAAGGUGUGGGUCCUCUAUCCUGGUGGAAGGGGAAGGGAUGAAGCCCCACACCUGGCCCCCAGUUCCGUGGAAGUGUCCCCAGAAGCUGGGGAAGCCCAAAUGUAGCCCAAGACCAGAGAGACACUGCUUCCAUUCUGCUCAUCUCUAAGGCCAACCGCCUGAUAGCUGUUCCUCCCUCACCUCUUUGUGGCCAGAAGGGUCCAGCUGCUCUUCGGACUACAGCAUCAUUCAGAGACCAGUGUGGGAGCUUGUGCCCUGAAUGUGUGCAUAUGUGCCAGAGGAGGUAUAGCUCCAAGAGGCUUUCUACCCAGCAUGUGGGGGCAUUCCCCACCCCCACCAAGUCAUAGAUGAGGCAGCCAUGCUCCCCCAACAACCUUAGGGGACCCCUUUCUCCUGGACCUUGGAGCUAUGACCCUUCGGAGGUGACCAGGAAAGAAGGGAUGAAGGCCUUUGGUCCUCCAGAUGAGGGUCCCCUCCGAGGACUCGUAGAGUCCUACAAUGAGACUUAUAGGGGCCGGCAUCGGCAUCAGACCUCUGCCCAGAGCACUGCUGACAGUCUCUAUCCCCGAGGAAGCCCCAUGCUGGACGCCAGUCGUCUACGCCUCCAGGUCUAUAUCCCCUUUGCCAAGGGUUCUGGCCAGACCCGAGGCCUGUCUCCCACACGGCUUCGAGAACCAGAGCCUGAGAAGAGGCAUGGAGUCUAUUUGGGGGCUGCCCCACCUCACUCCCCCAAACUAAAGGAAGUCACCAAGGCCCACGAGCUGGAGAAGAGGCUGCAUACAUUCAGCAUGUUUGGGAUGCCCCGCCUGCCCCCUGAGGAUCGGCAGCGCUGGGAAAUAGGAAAAGGCAGCGACAGUGGCCUGACCAUUGAGAAGUCCUGGAAGGAGCUGGUGCCUGGGCACAAGGAGAUGAGCCGGGAGCUUUGCCACCAACAGGAAGCACUGUGGGAGCUACUGACCACCGAGCUUAUCUACAUACGAAAGCUGAAGAUCAUGACUGAUCUCCUAGCCGCGGGUUUGCUGAACUUGCAGCGAGUGGGGCUACUGACAGAAGUGUCAGCUGAAACCCUGUUUGGAAAUGUCCCCAGCCUGAUUCGAACUCACCAGAGCUUUUGGGAAGAGGUGCUGGGGCCUGCCCUGGGGGAGACUCGGGCCUCAGGACAACCUCUGGACCCUGUCAGCCUGCAAGAUGGCUUUCUGGCGAUCAGCCAGCGGUUCCAGCCCUAUGUCCAGUAUUGCCUGAGAGUGAAGCAGACCAUGGCUUACGCCCGGGAGCAGCAAGACAAUAACCCUCUCUUCCGUACCUUCGUGCAGUGGUGUGAGAAACACAAGCGCUCGGGGAGGCAGAUGCUGGGUGACUUACUCAUCAAGCCGCAGCAGCGCAUCACCAAGUACCCACUGCUGCUGCAGGCUGUGCGCAAGAGGAGCACUGAGACACGAGCCCACAAGGCCUUGAGCUCCAUGAUUGCAGCUGUGGAGUCAUUCCUACAACACAUCAAUAAGCAGGUCCGCCAGGGUGAAGAUCAGGAGAGCUUGGUGGCUGCAGCCCAGCGCAUUGGGCCCUACGAGGUGCUGGAGCCAUCCAGCGAGGAGAUGGAGAAGAACCUGAGUCCAUUCUCCAGCCUGGACCUGAUGUCCCCCAUGCUGGGGGUUGCUCCUGAGCACACCAGGCAGCUGCUGCUGGAGGGAUCUGUGCGAGUGAAAGAGGGCCGAGAAGGGAAGCUGGACGCGUACCUGUUCCUCUUCACUGACGUGCUCCUGGUGACAAAGCCCCAACGCAAGACGGACAAAGCCAAGGUUAUCCGCCCCCCCUUCAUGCUGGAGAAGAUUGUGUGCCGAUCACUUCGAGACCCUAGCAGCUUCCUGGUGAUCUACCUCACUGAAUUCCAGUGCGUCUCCAGUGCUCUCAUUGUGCACUGUCCCACUGCGACAGACUGUACCCGGUGGCUGGAGAAGACCCAUAAGGCCCAGGUCGCUCUGCAAAAGCUGAAGGAAGAGGAGUACGUCCAACAGAAGAGGAAGCUGCUGGCCCUCUACAGGGACCAGGAUCAGAACCGGGAGUCCCAGGGCACCAGGCCCUCCACACCUUCCCAGGAGGGCUCUCAGAGCAGCACAGAGGGGAGGACUCCUGAGUUGUCCACCAUUAUCCCCCAUCUGGUGGUAACAGAAGACACAGAUGAAGAUGCUCCCUUGGUACCAGAUGAUACUUCAGACUCUGGCUAUGGCACUCUGAUCCCAGUCUCCCCCAAGGGGUCCCACUCCCCACGGAGACUUCUACGCCCAUGGGCCCUUCGACAGGACCCCCACUUCACCUUCUCCACCCUGGACCUUCGAGAUGUUACUUUGCGCCACCAGCCUCCUGGCCCUCAAGCUCCCCAUCGCCGAAGUGCCCCUGACCUGCCAGGGGAAACUAUACAAAGAGGAGGCAGUCUUCCCAGGGGAGAGCCACCUGCCUGGUCUGAGGAAGAAGAUGGGACCUCAAUGGGAGGGAACGUGGUAGUGGAAACCUUGCAUAGGGCCCAACUUCGGGUGCAGUUCCCCCACUUCCUUACCCAUGCUGACUCUGCUGGGGAAAGCUCUCGGGCAUCCUCAGAAGAAGAGGAAGAGAGACCCCUCUUCCUGAGACCCCGUCGCACCCCCUCUCCCCGCCCCCUCGGGACUGAGGACAAGCUCAGAGAGAUCCGGGAAGAGCUGGCCAGCCAAAGGAUUGAGGACAUCCCUGAGCCUGGGGACAGCAGGCCUCGGAAGCUGACUUGGGUCCAACUGCAAAGGAUGCGUGGGCCCCAAAUUAUACAGCUGGACACCCCCCUGUCCACAUCAGAAGCCUGAGGAACACUCAGAACUUUUGGCAUUGCUCCCUGAGGAAAUCUCUCCCAAGAGUGCUGGUCACCACCCCCACCCCCCGGACUCUACCUCAAGGCUCACGCCCCCCACUAAGAAGCCUGGCCCAAGCACCCUGUGCUUCCUGCUCUGAAAACUCUGGGGAUCAAGAGCUGUACAUUUAUGUACCAUAGACACCUGAGCCCCACAUAAAGUUGUGCAUAAAAAUGACCGUCCAGUUAGUGCUAGAUGAGGCUGAGAAGAACCUGGGGGUGGGGGUGAGUAACAGAAUGAGCACAGGCUACUCCUGUCAUUUGGCUUCAUGGUGACGGGGUACCUGGCCCUAGCUCAGGGUUUUCCCAUCCACCCAUCAGGAUCCAGAUCUCUGCCCCAGGCUUCCACCCACCACUCAAAGACCACUCUUUCCAGAAGCAGAGCUUUAAUUUCCCAGUUUUAGUGUAUUUACAAAAGUCCACAGCUCCAGCUGGAGGCCCCAUUGUUCUGUGCUAUCUCUGCCUUGGGACAGUUCAGCUUACUCUGUGCUUAUCCAGGCAGGGGACAAAGGGGUGCCAAGUUUCUAUUAGUGUAACAUAAUUGAUACAAAGAUUGCUUAUCAACUGUAAAAAAAAAAAUA